AUCAAAUAAAUUCUCCCAAGUUUUCAAACACCUAGCAAACAAGGGCUUGGGCCUCAUCAAAAUGUCCUUUAAGUCAUCACAAAAAUAGCCCAAAAAAACGUUAAUCAAAUUAAUUUCAGUGUUUGGCAAGUGAAAGCCAAGUGUGGUGUGCUUUGUCUCGAAUUCUUCGUCUGUGUUAAUUGCCAAUUCGCACAAUAAACUCAAACCAUUAAAUCAAAAAUAGAAGAAGACUUCAAAUUGAUUCCUCCAAAAAUACCCUCGCCCAAUUAGUCUCGCGCCGUUAAUUAGGCGACUUAGCCAAUUACUCACAGUGCUUCGAGAUGGACGCCUGGGGCACCCUCGACAUCACCUCGGCCAUCACCCGCGACGACCUCAGCAGCUCCUUCCGGCGCUCCAAGAAAAUCACCAUCGAGAAGCUCCCCGACAAGGUGCUGUUGCACAUUUUCAGUUAUUUGAGCCAUAAGGAGAUAUGUCGUAUGGCCAAAGUGUGCAAGAAGUGGCGGAUGAUUGCCUAUGACACCCGACUGUGGAAAAACGUGUCUUUGAGACCGGAGAUUUCGGGGCUCCAUGUGGGGUCUUUGGAGUCGCUGUUGGCCUUGAUUAGUAUCCGAUUUGGGCCCUCUUUGCGCUACAUUGAGCUCCCCAUCGAGCUCAUAACGCAUACAGUGUUGCACGAGUUGGCCAAUAAGUGCCCCAAUUUGACACACAUGCUGUUGGAUUUCUCCACAGCGAUGCAACUUCAUGAUUUCAGCGAGUUGCAAGCGUUUCCCACCAAGUUGAGGUAUCUUUGUAUUUGUUUGAGCGAGGUUAUCUUCAUGGAGGGGUUUAUGCGGAAAAUCUACAAUUUUAUCAAUGGGCUUGAGAUUCUUCAUUUGAUUGGAACGUAUGAAAAAGUCGAAGAGGAGGAAGAGGAAAUUUAUGAAGUUAUUAAUGUUCAUAAGCUCAAGUCGGCAACACCCAAUUUGAGAGUUAUUAAUUUGUAUGGGAUUAAUUUCGUUGAUGAUAGUCAUAUUGAUGCCUUCAGUUCGAAUUGCAUUCAGCUCGAAUGCUUGGCUGUAAACUACUGUGCCAAAGUGACGGGUUCCACCCUCAAGACACUCUUCCAAAGGAGUCGCCGCCUCAAAUGUCUCUUGAUGAACGGCACAAACCUGCAAAGUGACUAUUUGAUGCAAGUCGAGUGGGAGAAGUGCUCCCUCCAAGAGCUCGACAUCACAGCCACUGACUUAUCGACUGAGGCGCUCCAAGACAUGCUGACGCGCCUCCCGGGACUCAGAUUCCUGAGCGCGGGCCAAAUCAACGGCUUCAACGACUCAGUUUUGAAAGCCUGGAUGGAGGCCGGAAAUCCGCGAAAUUUGGUCGCCUUGGACCUCGACAGUUCGGAUAACUUGAGCGAGGACGCAAUCUACAAGUUUCUGUCGAAGUAUGGGCCCCAAUUAUGGGGGCUGAGCUUGUCCGGGAUGACCCACAUUACGGAUUCCUUGUGGCAAACGGUUUUGCCCAUUUUGACAAACGCGAAGAUUCUGAUCAUGGGGACGCAGGAACGUCUCGGUGUUAAUAUCCUCGUGGAUCAGUUGAUGGAUACCAUUGCGAGGAAUUGUGUCAAUGUGGAAAGGCUGGAACUGAGAUGGGAUCCUGAUAAUUUGAGGUUUUCAGAUAAGAGUCAAAAGGCGAUUGAUACGUUGAGGGUCAAGUGUUUGAAGCUGAGAUGUCUAAGUUUGAGUGAUGGGCGCUAUUACGAAAUUGUCAAAGCCAAUUUCGAGCGAGCGGAUCGAAUGACUGUCGUCAGGACGUUGACGAAUUGUCGAGUCUCCAACUAUUACCUCCUUUCAAACUACAAGGAUUUGGUCUUCAACUAAGACAAGAAGUGUUGUUUUCAGGGUUUAUAAUUUCAUAAAUAUUGUAACAACCACCGAAAAUGAAAAAGGAGAGUUGUGAAGAUUAAUUCUGUACAAUCUAUGAUUGAAUUAAAAAAUUUGAACAUUA